UACGAACAAAGGCUAGUCGUAGGGCUGUAAAGAGUGUCACUGGGAUCAGCUUUCUUCAGACAGGAAGUUAUUGACAUAUGCUGGCCCACUUUUGGGUGGAGUCAGGGCACUGUCAAGAAGAGGACAGGAUCAACCCAGGAGCCGCGUGGGAAGUGGGUCAAUACUGCAUCCGGAAUAUAAACGAACCAUCAUCACUGAUCACGCUGGACAUCCUUUUUUUUCAUGUCGAUAGUCGAGCCUCUCCCCAUGCCAAAGCGACCCAACACUUCGUGGACCCUGUUCUACAUGGAGCACUUGGACAAUGUCAAGGCCUCUGGAAAGAGCAUUGUGCCUACAGCGGAGACUGCCGCGGCCUCCGCUCUCUGGAAGCAGCUCAGCGCCGAGGAGAAGCAGGUCUACGAGGACAAGUACAGGGCUGACUUCGAGCGAUUCAAGAAGGAGACGGAAGAACGACUUCAACAGUUGACCCCAGCAGAGUUCAAGCUUGAGAACUCUCGCCGCCAGGCUCUUCGUGCUACCGGCAAGAAGGGUCUGCCCUCGCUCAAGGAUCCCAAUGCCCCCAAGCGCCCUCUCAGCGGAUUCUUCCGCUUUGCUCAGGAUCUCCGCAAGUCAGGCGAGUACGCCAAUAUGCCAGUUAAUGAGCAAGCUAAGGCAUUUGCUGAGGCUUGGUCCAAGGCUUCCGACUCUGUGAAGACUCCUUACAACCAGGCAUCGCACGCUGCUCUUCAGAAGUAUAAGGAGGAGAAGGCUGUCUACGACGAUCAGAAGUAAAAAAAUGAUCGCCGCCCAGGAAUUUCGACGUGCAUCUCUUAUUCUUUUUCUUUUUUGGCAUUUGUUUUUUCUCAGCCCUUCUUCAGCAAGCUGAGACGCUGUUAUACGUUCGAUUUAACAAUAAAAUUAUUUCGUCUAAACGGUGAAUA